GAAACAAAAACUAAAAUCGUGUUUACAUCAAAUCCCUCCAUUUCAUCUUCAAGAUCUGAAAUACUCCUCAAUCAUUCUCUCUCUCUCUCUCUCUCUCUCUCUCUCUCUCUCUCUCUCUCUCCCCGCUUGAAUCUUCGAAGUUGUGAGGUUAAAUGAGAUGAUAAACGGGGAGGGGGCUGAGGAGAAACCAGCCUCUGCGGUCGCCUCUCCGUGUGAUCCUCCCGGCGAUCAGGACUCGGACGGUGGGGAUGAUUUGUCGCACUACUCCUCCUGCGGAGGGGAAUCGGAGUACGAGAGGUACUGUAGUGCCAGCUCGGUGAUGGGUACCCCUAGUUUUCGUAGUAGCUCAUUUCAAGAUUCUGAUUUUGGGUCAUUCAAAAGCUUCAAACUUGGAGGUGAGAGUACUAGUUUUAAGAAUCUUGGGGCAGAACGGGUAUUAUCGAGUUAUCAAGAAUCCAAGUGUGGAAGUGGCUCCAGUAAGGGGGAUGAGUUUGAUUGUGAUAAGGGUAACGGGACGUUGAAUUUGAACGGGAGGAUGGAGAGCUUUUCCGUGAGCAAUGUUGAUUUGCAGGGAAAUUUUGAUGUGGAUGGUAAUUGGGGAAAUGAGGUUGUAAUAGAGAAUGAAAGUAAGGGAAACAGUGAGGGAACUGCGAGAGUUUCAGCUGAGUUUGUGGAGUUUGGUAGGGAGUAUUGUUAUAGGAGUGUGGAGAAAGGGUGUGAUAAGGGAGAGGGGUUGGAAAUUGAUGGAGGUGAGGAUGGGAACUUAUUGGAUGAAGGUGACGCUUCUUCAAGGUAUGAACACUCAGAGGGUGAGGAUUCGAUGUUUGGAUAUGGUAGUGAUGAUGAUAGGAAGAUUGAUAUCUAUUACAGGAAGAAUGCACAUCUUUUUCACGGUGAAGAAAGUGGGACAAAAGAAAAUCAGCUAGUUAUGAAUUCCACAGUGGCCUUUGGUUCCAAUGAUUGGGAUGACUUUGAUCAGGAAAGCAGAGAGACUCCUAUUGGAUCAAUGGUUUGGGAUGAAAUUCAGGGCGGAAGACAGACUAGUCUGCCAAGUGGUAUUAGCUCCUUAAGUUUUGCUACUGCUAAUUCUGUUACAUAUCCGAAUAUGCUUUUGGAAGAACGACAUGAUGAAGUCCGAAGUACUCAUGCAGCUCCUAACCAAUUUCCUGCUGGUGGUCAACUAGUAGAAUCUAAUAUGAAUGCUUCAUCCACAAAUACCAAUCUUUUGAAACUUGACAGUCGAUUUGAAGAUGUAAAAAGAGUACUUGUUUCAGGUAAUCAAGUUAGUGAUAUGGACGAAUUGUCUGAGUAUCUUGGACUUAGUCCUGGUCACAAUAUAUUUCCAACAAAUAAGGAUCCACCAGCAACAGAAGCCCUGGAAAAUGAGGAGUUGGAAAUUGGUGAAACUGAAUCUGUAAUGAAACAUCAAGACACGGCCACCAGUGAGAUCACAGCCAUUCGUCAUGAUAUUGUCUUAGAAAAUCGGGAUUUAGAGGAAAAAAAAUUGGACCCUCUUUCUGAAUGUGCAGUCAAUAACCAGAAUCUGCUUCCAACAACAAGUAAGGAAGUUAGAGAGGCCAAAUUAUCUGAAGACAACAGUUCCUUUGAAAUGUCAUCGAUUGCUGAUACUACUAUGAGCACCACAAUGAAGAAAAACUUUUCUUUUGCAUUUGAUCAAAUUGAAGAUCAUUUUGUGCCAGCAAAGAGUAGGGGUUUCGAGUUAAAUGAUUUCUAUGAUGAAAUUGUUAAUGAUAUGGAAGAUAUACUACUAGACUCAGGUGAUCCCCCUGGGUCUAGGUUCGCCCAUGGUGGUAGGAUAUAUCAAACCCAAUUUCCUCAGCCAUCGAGAGAUGGUGGCUCUACUGCUUCUACAUCUGGCACAGAUUAUGCUUAUAAUUGGAGUCAGCAACCUCUUAAGAUUGAUAGAAUUGAGGUGGUGGGUGCAAGACAAAAGAAAGGUGAUGUUUCAUUCAGUGAGCGGCUGGUUGGAGUCCAAAAAUACACAGUUUAUAAGAUAAGAGUUUGGAGUGGGGAAGACCAUUGGGAGGUGGAGCGCCGUUAUCGUGACUUUAGUACUUUGUAUUAUCGGUUGAAGAAACUAUUUGCUGACCAUGGCUGGAUCCUUCCAUCACCCUGGUCUUCUGUUGGAAGAGAAUCCAGAAAGCUUUUUGGUAAUGCUUCGCCCAGUGUCAUUGCUGACAGAAGUGUUCUUAUCCAAGAGUGUUUACAAUCUGUUAUCCAUGCUAAAUUUUCCUCUGGCUCCCUCAAUCCGCUCAUUGGUUUCCUCUCUCCAUCGGAAGGGAUGCCCGAUUCUCCUGCAUCUGAUUCUAAUGCAUCUCCAUCACCAUUUUUCAACAGAAGCACACAGAUGGAAAAUUGUUCGACCUUAGGACAGACUGUUUCCCUUGUUGUACAGAGUCGCCCUUUGAAAUCAAUGAAACAGAUGCUAGAUUCACAACAUCAUAAAUGUGCAGGAUGCCACAGAAACUUUGAUGAUGGAAGAACAAGGUUGCAGGAAUUCGCGCAGACACUAGGUUGGGGCAAACCUCGUCUUUGUGAAUACAGUGGCCAGUUAUUCUGCUCUUUGUGCCAUAACAAUGACACUGCUGUCUUGCCUGCCAGAGUUCUGCAUUAUUGGGAUUUUACUCAAUACCCAGUAUCUCAGCUGGCUAAAUCAUAUUUGGAUUCUAUUAAUGACCAGCCAAUGCUUUGUGUCAGUGCUGUUAAUCCUUUGCUGUUUUCAAAAGUUCCAACAUUGCAGCAUGUGGCAAAUCUCAGAAAUAGAAUAAGAGCAAUGUUGCCAUAUGUCCGCUGCCCUUUCCGUAGAUCCGUCUACAAAGGUCUUGGAUCUCGGAGAUAUCUUCUUGAUAGCAACGAUUUUUUCGCUCUAAGAGACCUGAUCAAUCUGUCCAAGGGGGUGUUUUCAGCAUUACCCGUGAUGGUUGAAACUGUCUCUCGUAAAAUUGAGGAACAUAUCACCGAGCAAUGCCUUCUGUGCUAUGAUGUUGGUGUCCCUUGUAGUGCUCGACAAGACUGUAGCAAUCCACUUUCCCUCAUUUUUCCUUUCCAGGAAGGAGAGGUCGGAAAGUGUAGAUCUUGUGAAUUGGUUUUCCACAAGAAUUGCAUCAAGAAAAUAGCAAGCUGUCCUUGUGGUGCUCGUUUUAAACUGGAGGAGAUGAAGCAAAGUGCCGAUGGAGUAACCCGUAGUGCAAAUAGCAAUCUAAAUUUACUGGGAGGAAUGGCAGAAUCGAGUACUGGACUUCUUUCUGGCUUGUUCGCCAAGGUAAUUCCAGGAAGGUCUCAGAUUCUGGGGAAACAAGACACGAAAGGCGUUGAUAACGUUAUUCUAAUGGGUGCAUUGCCGAACACCUCCCUCUGAACUCUAUCAUGGGCUUGUUAUUUUCGCUGUUCAAUCCAAUAAAUGGGGAUUGCCAUUGUUAAUCCUGGAAGAUCCUUAAGCCUUUUUACCUCCCAUUUCUUCUUUUUUGAACCUGAGUGUAUUCUUUUGUUACAUAUAGUCUCAGUUCACUCUUGUAACCAAGUGUAUUCUUUGUAAUGUAGUUUCAGCAUAGGAGUGAUGCAUAUAUUCGUUCUUCCACUCUGUAGAUAUGAUUUUUCACAUUUUUACAUAUAAAUGAUUUUCUCAAA